AUGUCAAGCCGUGCACUCAACGAACGUAACGACGAACAAACGAGUCCGUGGAGAACACGCAUCCACGCAUCCGGCGUAACGACACCGUUGUUACUUUUACACGCAAUCAUUAUCGUUCCAAGGUCUCAAGGAAGGAAGCAAAAGUCCAACUUCUCGAAAAGCUCGACCAAUGCCGCAGACAAGGAAUUAGCGAAGAACAACAAAGCUGCUAAAGAUACUAGAUUAACCACGAACCUUCCUGACGAUGCUGCGGUGCACUUUGGAAACUUUUAUGGUAUCCAAAAAAAAUCGAACAAACCACGAGCUGGCAGAGUGAGAAGUCUUUUGGAUUCUACCAGUCCAUCAUCGACUAGCUAUAAACCAACGCCGAGACUAGAAUUCACCAGGCAGAUGGUUCAAAAACUGGAACGAACAGCUGGCACGAAGGAAUACGCGCGACAAGUGUCAGCCUUAUUGGAGGAGACAGUCGAACCGGCGCAUUUCAAGCUACAUUCAUUGCCGACCGAGAAUUCGAUUCCGGAUGGAAGAUACAAUCCCACGGGAUUCCCGCUCUGGUACAAGGAACCUUAUAAAAUGCCGUUCGCCUCGGACGAGGUUUACAAACUUCUCGAGGAGAGGUUGGAUAACGCCGAGGAAGGGAAGGCGAGAGAUAUUUUCAAAGAGGAUUCUUCUGAGAGAAGUUCAUUGGAAGAAUGGAGCGAAGACGAAGAAGCAGGGUAUGGAGAAAAUUUCCAAGACGAUGCAGCGAUAAGCAUUCUAACGAGAGAAAGAUCUUCGAUGAAUUUACUGUCUAAUGGAUCGUCUUCUGUAACAGAAGCGAAAGACACGGACUCCAAGGAAAGCAAUCAAAUACUUCUCGAUAAGAAACCAAGCAAAUUAGUCUCGUUCCAACAACGCUGAACUGUAAAGUGGUGUUGCUCGUGAGUACGUGAAAAAUAAAAAGAAAUUCUGAAUAUAAAUAGAAACAUGAAUUUCCUGUAUAUUAACUAGCGCAACCAAGACGUAAAGUAGAAUUCUCAGGCGAUGCAAUAGUCCAAGAACUCGUAACAAUGUUCGCUCGUUACCAGUAUUCAGUCUUUUUAGACAGAAAUAGACUAAUUAGCAUUUCGCUAUUAAUGAUUCUACCGUUAUCACAAGGUCUAAAGCGCGAUGGGGAAUAUGUCUAGAAAUUCAUUUCCAACGCUAAUUAGAAGCCUUGAUUAUUACUCGGUUGCGUACUUUGUAAUUAUGGGCUAGCAGAUUGGUGUGAAUCUAACGCUGUUAUGAAUUCAUUAAUUAAUGAUGGGGAUCUUGCGAAAGGACGAGAAAUGUACUAGGUGACGAAUUACCGGAUACUCUACGUGCUUUACUUCCGUCUAUUCCGAUCUUCUCAAUUCUAACAUUUUCUUUUUUACGUAUUAUCGUGAUAUAAUAGUAAUAAAAAUGAACAUUCGCAGAAUACUUUUCAAUAACCUCUUAAAGGAAUAUCCAUCAAAAUUACCGCUUUGUCAAAACGAAUUAAAAGAAACAAGAAUAGAGAAAAAGGUAUGGGAACGUUUAACGGUGAAGAAUUAUAGUUGAUAUAAAAAAUAAUACAAUACGGUAUCAUAAGGAUAACGAAUGAUUCGACGUGGUUUCCCGUUUACUAAAAGAGGGUAGCAUAACUCGAGCGGAGUGUUCGCAUUGUUUUCGGUUCAGUGGAAUUGCAAGAGGGCGCAGGAUGGGGUUGGCAUUUAUCGAUUAUUCCGCCUACUAAGCCAAAGACGCUUUUCAUGUACCUUUAACGUGAUCGAAAAUUAGAUUUUCGUAUCAAAGAGCAUUUUGUGGAGGAUAAGGAAGUAAAGCUGAUCAAUCAUACUUCGAUGAAUUAAAAGGAUAAAGAAACAAGAAAGAAGAACUUUCGAGCAGUUCUAAGAGGAAAACGUGAUUUGUGUUUCUUUCUAUGAUUCAAAUAGCCUGUCUUACAAGAGUAGUAGUAUAUACAUUGGUUUAUUUCUUCGUGAAACUGUACAGAAUGGUCCACAGCGAAUCGGAGACUUACAUUAAAUAAGUCACUUAACCAUUGAGGCCAUCAAUUUGAUCAAGUAUCGUAUAACUGGACGCAUCGGAUUAACUUACACCUGUGAAAAAAGGACAUAGUCUGGUGAAUAUUAUACGCAGUUCGCGGUUUAGCGACACGAAAAUUCAUAGAUCCGUUCAUAAUCCAAUGGAAUCGGGCGAAUGGCAGUUUGUAUAUCCGAGGGACUGAAUUCUGUUGCGUUUAGAAUAAAUUGCUAUACAAA